AUGUCAUUCUAUAGUUUCAAUGUUAUGUAUUUUUAUCUCAAUGGUUAUGUAUUUUUAAAUCUGAAAUUGCAUUCUCUUGUUAGCAAUUUAGGGAAGAACAAUUAUGCUGUUGAACCCAAACAUGAAGAAGGAGGAAACUGUGAGGAGGCUAUACGAAAUUUUCAUGUUUCAUCUGAUAAGUUACCGUUAACUUAUCAGCUGCUGCAAGUUCAAGGGCUGCCAGCGUGGGCUAAUACUUCUUGUGUUUCUAUUCGGGAUGUGAUUCAGGGAGAUAUUGUUGUUGCUAUUUUAUCAAAUUACAUGGUGGAUAUCGAUUGGUUGUUACCUGCUUGUCCUACGCUUGCCAAAAUUCCCAAUGUGUUGGUAAUUCAUGGGGAGAAUGAUGGUACAGUGGAACAUAUGAAGAGGAGGAAGCCAGCAAAUUGGAUUUUUCACAAACCCCCACUACCUAUUGCAUACGGGACACACCACUCAAAGGCCAUGCUUCUGGUCUAUCUUCAGGGAGUAAGAAUUAUUGUGCAUACAGCAAACUUGAUAUAUGUUGACUGGAAUAACAAAACUCAAGGUUUGUGGAUGCAAGAUUUCCCCUGGAAGGAUCUAAAUAAUCCAAGCAAAGGCUGUGGGUUUGAAACAGAUUUGGUUGAUUAUCUCAGUGCAUUGAAGUGGCCUGAAUUCAGUGCCAAUAUACCAGCCCUUGGCAACUUCAAAAUCAAUCCAUCAUUUUUCAGAAAGUUUGACUAUAGCAGCUCUGCGGUCCGGUUAAUUGCUUCAGUCCCUGGCUAUCAUACUGGUCCCAAUUUGAAAAAGUGGGGACAUAUGAAGCUACGAACUGUUCUUGAAGAGAGUAUUUUUGACAAAGAGUUCCAGAAAUCUCCUCUUAUUUAUCAGUUCUCAUCCCUUGGUUCUUUGGAUGAGAAGUGGAUGGCUGAGCUGAAAUGCUCUAUGUCGUCAGGUUUAUCAGAAGAUAAGAGACCACUUGGAAUUGGGGAACCACUAAUAAUAUGGCCGACUGUGGAAGAUGUCAGAUGCUCUUUAGAGGGUUAUGCAGCUGGAAAUGCCAUUCCAAGCCCACACAAGAAUGUGGAUAAAGAAUUCUUGAAGAAGUACUGGGCUAAAUGGAAGGCAAACCACACUGGCCGCUGUCGUGCAAUGCCACAUAUAAAGACAUUCUUACGUUACAAUGGUCAGAAACUGGCUUGGUUCUUGCUGAGUUCAGCAAAUCUUAGUAAGGCUGCCUGGGGAACACUUCAGAAGAAUAAUUCUCAGUUGAUGGUUCGUUCUUAUGAGUUGGGAGUGCUAUUUUUACCAUCUGGUACAAAGCAUGGUUGUAGAUUUUCUUGUACAAAUAAUGGUGGUUCAUCCAAGAGUGAAAGUGGUACAAUAGAAAAUACCAAGUCACUGAAAACUAAGCUAGUGACCCUGACUUGGCAAGGGAGCCGGAAUACAGAUGAAUUCUCUGAAAUAAUUACUUUGCCUGUACCUUAUGAACUCCCUCCUCAACGAUAUUCCUCUGAAGAUGUCCCUUGGUCGUGGGAUAGGCGAUACAGCAAGAAGGAUGUUUAUGGUCAAGUUUGGCCUCGGCAAGUUCAACUAUAUGCUUGCCAAGAUUCCUGAUUUAUUAGAUGUGCUUCAAGUUUUCUGUAGUUAGAUAUUUUCCAAAAAUGUACCAAAUAACUUUUCAGCAUUUUAUCCAAU